AUGCUUCCACCAUUAGAAGUAUUGAGGAAUAAUGGUUGGUUCAAAGGGGUCAAUCAAUGGGGAAUAGUCAUAGAUGGAUAUUUCAACCUAUUAAGUUCAUUGAAAAGUUUGAAUUUCAAGAAUGCAAUCAAAUAUUCUUCUAAAAUUGUCACAGAAGUUUCUAAGAUAGCUCGAAAUGAGGAUCGAUGGAUAUGCAUACCAUUAAUGACGGUGACAACUGAAUUGAGGAAACUUGUUAUGAUUUAUAUUCAAUCAUCCGAUUACGACGAGGAUGUGAAGUCACAAGAGAAACAAAAGAGGCAGCAGUAUGGAGCAGAUUUUCAACUUUCGCUAGAUGAGGAAUUGGCAAACGUUCUUCAAAGGCCAUUCAAGGUUUGUUUAAGUGACAAGUCAGAAGAAAAGAAGAUAGCUGUUUAUUUUUUUGCAAACGAACUUUUCAGAACGUACAUCAAGUUUGAGAAGUUUGACGCAGCUAAGAACAUGUGUAAAGUUCUUCUGCACUCGCCUAACCUACCCCCUUUAUCAAGUGUGCCAAAAUCACAGUCAGUGACCUACAAAUACUUUCUCGCAAUGGUAGAAUGUAUGAACUUUGAGCAUUUGGAAAAUGCGGCACAACUUUUAAACAAUGCCCUUAUUGAUUGCGAGAAUUCUCCUAAAAAUGGAGAGACAUUCAAAAACCAACUCUCAAUAUUGUUGUUUCUCAUGCCGAUUAAUUUCUUAAUGUAUUGUCAGCUUCCUUCGCCUACUUUAUGGGAAAGAUACCCCUCACUUGCAAUAACCUUUCGAAAGAUCUUUGAGGCCGUGAAGCAGGGAAAUUUGAAACAAUUUGAUGAAGAGGUUGCAGAUAUCCAAAUUUUACUACUAAAACGUCACGUGUACUCAUUUUAUAUUAGAAUGCGACCAUUUGUUGAACUUCGUUUGUUCAACAAGACUGCACACCUCUACGUUGGUGAGAAAAAGCAUAUUAUACCUUUAGAACAGUUUACAAGGGCGGAGGGCUAUAGUAGUGGGAGAAUAUUUACACAAGAAGAAACAGAAUCCCGACUUGCUAGUUUGAUAUUUAGUCGAAAAAUCAAGGGAUAUAUCUCUCACGGGAACAAAGUGAUUGUUUUAAGUAAGAAAGAUCCAUUUCCUAAGCAGGUGGUUCCAAUAAAAUAA